UCUGUGGUAAAAGAAUACAAAUGUCAAAGUCAAAAUAAAUAAGGUUUUUGAGGUUAUUUUUUAAAGUUGUGAAAAUAACAAAUAAUUUAUAAAAUAAAUCGAAGACAAUAAUUUAAUCAUCGGCGCAAGAUUGUAUUAGCAAUAUGCUUGCUACAAGACUGUCAAGACAACUACGAAGAACCAGUGCAGUGAUUAGCUCACGAGCAUUUUGCAGCCCUGCUUCUCCCACGGGUACUGCUGGUACUCCUAAAGAACAAGGAAAUGUUUCUACAGAGGAUGCUGCUGUCAAAGUCAGCGGCUUCGCUAAGGCCUAUGAGAAACAAACUAAAAUAUUAGAUACAGAAGAUAAAGAACAAAAUUUUACCUUUGCCUCUUUACUUCGGCAUUCUAAAUUGAUGGACCUUGGUGAUCCCACAAACAAAGUGGUGAUUGGCAAAAUAUUCCACGUAGUUGAAGACGACCUAUACAUUGACUUUGGCUGGAAGUUCCACUGUGUGUGCACCCGGCCCAAUGUUCGAGGUGAUGAGUAUGUCCGAGGAGCGAGAGUGAGAAUACAGAUUAAGGACUUGGAGUUGUCUUCUCGAUUCUUAGGCUCUAGUACGGACCUUACACUGUUAGAAGCAGAUUGCAAGCUUCUAGGGUUAAUAUCUACACCAGUAAGAGCCACUACUACUGCCACUGUAAGUGAAAACUAAUAUAUAAGUACCUAUGUAAUUUAGUCUAGUAGUUGUUAAAGUAAUAAAUAAUGUUGUUUAAAA